CCCACGCCCAGCGCAGCGGCGCAUGUCGCGGCAGAGGGGUCUGUCGCGACAGCCGAGCCUCCGCCCCACCUGUUGUCACAGCCCCCCCGGAGGCUGGGAGGAGGUGGGGGGGGGGCAGCGCGACCCCCGUGCAGUGGGGGCCCCCCCGUGGGGCUGAGCGCCGGGGUGACGCCGGCUGCCCCAUGGCAGGGACCCCCGCCCGCCCCAGCACCAUGAUCUCCCCGAAGGACAAGGCCAAGGUGCCCAAGGACAGCAUGACGCUCCUGCCCUGCUUCUACUUCGUGGAGCUGCCCAUCGUGGCCUCCUCCAUCGUGACGCUGUACUUCCUGGAGCUGACCGACCUCUUCAAGCCGGCCAAGGUGGGCUUCCAGUGCUACGACCGCGCGCUCUCCAUGCCCUACGUGGAGACCAACGAGGAGCUCAUCCCGCUGCUCAUGCUGCUCAGCCUGGCCUUCGCCGCCCCCGCUGCCUCGAUCAUGGUCGGGGAGGGCAUCGUGUACUGCCUGCAGUCCAGGCUGAAGGGACGCGCCGGGGCCGAGGGCAGCAUCAACGCCGGCGGCUGCAACUUCAACUCCUUCCUGCGCAGGACCGUAAGGUUUGUGGGUGUCCACGUGUUCGGGCUCUGUGCCACCGCCCUGGUGACAGAUGUGAUCCAGCUGGCCACCGGCUACCACGCGCCCUUCUUCCUGACCGUCUGCAAGCCCAACUACACGCUGCUGGGCACCCCCUGCGACGCCAACCCCUACAUCACCCAGGACAUCUGCUCGGGCACGGACAAGCACGCCAUCCUGUCCGCCAGGAAGACGUUCCCGUCCCAGCACGCGACGCUGUCGGCGUUCGCGGCCGUCUACGUCUCGGUGAGUCCGGGGACCGCGUCGCGCCACACGCUUCAAGGCUGCUUGAGCCCUGCAGAGCCCUGCGUGGCCGGGGGGAAAGGCAGCGGGUGCCGGUGUCCUGAUGUCCUCUUCCCCCCCCAGAUGUAUUUCAACUCCAUCAUCUCGGACAGCACCAAGCUCCUCAAGCCCAUCCUGGUCUUCGCCUUCGCCAUCGCCGCCGGCAUCUGCGGCCUGACGCAGAUCACGCAGUACCGCAGCCACCCCGCCGACGUCUACGUGGGCUUCCUGAUCGGCUCGGGCAUCGCCGCCUACCUGGCGUACCACGCCGUGGGCAACUUCCGCGCCCCCACGGAGAGGGCCCCGGCCCUGGCGCCGGCCAAGGACGCGCUGCGGGCGCUGACGCAGCGGGGCCACGACUCCGUGUACCACCAGAACAAGUCGGUGAGCACCGACGAGCUGAACCCGCAGACGCGGCUGGAGGAGGCGGCGCGGCCGGUGCCGCGGGAGAAGAACUCCCUGGGCAGCCUGAAGCGCGCCAGCGUGGACGUGGACCUGCUGGCCCCCCGCAGCCCCAUGGGCAAGGAGAACAUGGUGACCUUCAGCAACACCCUGCCCCGCGUCAACACCCCCUCCAUGGACGACCCCGCGCGGCGCCACAUGACCAUCCACGUCCCCGUGGACGCCUCCCGCUCCAAGCAGCUCAUCACCGAGUGGAAGCAGAAGUCUCUGGAGGGCCGCAGCAUGACGCUGGCGGAGGAGGCGGGCGCGCUGGGCCGGGGCGCCGGGGACGCCGACGAGGACGUGCCCCCGUCCCUCUACCCCACGGUGCAGGCGCGCCCGGCCGAGCGGGCGGCCAUGGGGCCCCGCGUGCUCAUCCAGCCCCGGCCGGGCGCCUCGCAGCUGGUGCACAUCCCCGAGGAGAGCCAGGCGGGUGCCGGCGGGGCGGCCGGCGGCGGGGCGGCCGUGAGGGCCAAGUGGGUGAUGGUGGCGGAGAAGGGGGGGGCGCAGCGGGUGGCCAACCCCCCGCGCCUCAUGCAGGUCAUCGCCAUGUCCAAGCAGCAGAGCAUGGUGUCCGUCACCCCCAAGCACUCGGAGACGUCCUCGUCCUCCACCAGCUCCGACUCCUCGCAGUACCGCUCGCCCUCGGAGCGCGACAGCUCCAGCAUCAUCACCAUCGACGCCCACGCGCCCCACCACCCCGUCGUGCACCUCUCCGCCGGCAACGGGCCCUGGGAGUGGAAGUCGGCCCAGAAGGGGCCCGAGGGGCCGGACGCCUACGAGCUGGGCGAGAUGGGCAAGGAUUUCCGGGGCUUCCGCCCGGCCAAGAGCGCCGGGGUGUCCCCCGGCUCCUCCGUCAGCGACAUCGAGCAGGAUGAGCCGCGCUAUGGCAGCCUGGCCACCAUCAACGUGGCGGCGGGGGGCGGCGGGGAGCGGGGGGACGGCCCCCCCGAGGGGCUGCUGGGCACGGCCAGCCGCGAGUCCACGCUGCGGAGGAAGCCGGCCGAGAAGGACGGGCACACGGACAGCGAGGCCGACAACUACUACAGGAAAAUGCAGGCCAGCCGGAGGUUUAAGGACUGAGCCCCCGCCGCCUGCCCUCUGCCCCUGCCUGGGGGAUAGUGGGGGGGGUCCGUAAUUGCUGGGCCCUCUCCCGUGGGGAGGUGGCAGGACGGGGCUGUCGUUAGCAUCGGGGUGACAAAAAGCUGGGGCCAGACACCUUCACCCCCCCGGGCAGCCAAGGGGUGCGCGGGACCCCGGGGAGCGCAGAGGGGGCUCCGCGCCCCCGCCCGCCCGCAGGGGCUGGGCGUCUCCAAGCACUUUGGACUUUACUUCUCUCUCUAACACAGGUGCUGACAUUUUGGGGUGGUGGGGGGGGUAAUUUAUUCUGACUCUGGCAUUGUAAGUCUGUGGGGUGGGAGGGGAGCAAACAGCAUUAAAGGGCUUUGGGGGGGGGGAGGUGCCAUGGGGCUCCUGGCUCAUGCGGGGGCCUGCGCGUUGGCUGGAUCAUUCUGGGGGCAGGGAGAUGGGGGACGGUGCCGGGAGGGGGGUGUUUGUCCAGGGGCCAAGCUCUGGGCGUUAGGAGCGUGUAAAUACUGUGCUGGCUAAAGUAGAGUGUGUACAUUGGGUAGGGAAGUGCUGGGGGUGGGGGGACUGACAACCGGGGGGGGGCACGGGGUGCAGCCUGCCCGGCCAGCCCGGGUCCUGCCAGCAUCAGGGCACCCACCUGGGCUGGCAGGAGCCCCCCGGGGGAAUUCCCUGUGCAUGGGGUCCUGGGGGGGGCCGGGAGCUGCUGGGGAGGCAGCCCUUGGGGGGGGUCUCCAAGCUGUGAAUGCAUCGGCCAGGCAAUGGCUGAACCUGCUGUGGUCUGAAAAGGAAUAAAAAUGUGAAUGUGC